AUGUCAACUAAGCCGGAUAAACGUAACGAACCCCAACCCGUUUCAACAAUACCCGCCACUUUAAUAACACCAGCACCCAUAAGCAUCAAUAGUUCAUAUUUGUCCCAAAUUCCAGAAUCGGAAUUAGACAAUUUUAGAACUGCACUAAAAGAACAGGCCAGGGAUAAAACAUGGGAGACUUUAUAUAAGAUUGAGGAAGAAGUUAACAAAAUGAUCCGUGACUUUCCGAAUGUCAAAACGGCCUUAACGAUAAGCGAAUUGUUGCAGCCUUCGUCAAAUUCAAGGGCAAAAGACACACCAAGACCACAGAAUCCUUUUAUGCUUUAUCGUAAAGAUUUAUCAAAGGUCAUUUCUAAAAUUUACAAACCGAUUUCUGUGGGUCAGUCGUCACGCUUGGCCUCGGAACGUUGGAAGCUCUUAGAUAGUGACUCAAAAUUGCUUUGGUCCAGAAUGUCUAAAGUUGCAAAAGAUUUACAUACCGGUAUGUACCCUGAUUAUAAAUAUACUCCUGUUAGAAAUCAUAAAAAAUCGGACAAAAGAAAAGGUCGUCGUUGUCGUGCUUCUUACAUGAUUAACAAUACUGAUAAUAACGCUGAUGCCGGCACCAGCGCUAUUACCAACGAUAAUGACAAUGACAGGCCAACAAAAGCCAACGUAAAUUUCGAUCAUCCUGCUCUUAAAGAGGCUAAUGAAGCACCCACAACUGAUGCAACGUUAAUAACAUCACCGUUGUCAUCAUCAUCACAAUCUGCCACAACUUCACCAACCUUAAGCUUUAAAAGAAAAAGAAGAUGUUCCAAAUCUUCUAUAACGCAAAUAUUAUUUAACCCAUAUUCAUCAUUGUUAUCAACUCAAAUCAUGCCACAAUUAUCUCAACAAGCAUCUACUUUUCUAACUCCAAACCAAUUUAGUUCGAACCCAUCAUCAUCGUCAUCACUGUUGCCUAUAACACCAUCUACAGCAACAAUAAUAGACGAGCAUCAAUAUUUGUCAAAUUAUGCAAUUAUGAAUAACACAUUAGCAAUGGAAACAGCAACAGUUGCGAAUAAUUUUAAUCACAAUUAUGAAGACAUGAUUUUUCAUGAAUACUUUAAUGAUAAUAAUGAUUCAUUAUCAUUUUUUAAAUUAGAUCAUUAUGUUGUAUAUUUAAUUUAA